AUGUACAUCCCCAUCCAGAAGAUCCUCGCCUCACUGGCGCUUUCCAACGCGUUGCUCGGCGACCGUAUCGCCCACGGCUCAGUGAUGGACUAUGCUGUCGAGACGUGUCUCGACGACGAUGGGAAUGUGCGGUGCACAAAACCCUUCCUCGUGCAGAAAAGCAAGUGUUACGAAAUCAAGUGGUCGACAGACGGCGCGGUAAGCCACACUACCGCCGAAGUACGUGAUGCCGGCAGUGGCGAGAUUGUAUUUUACCGCGACACGGAUGGAAAGUGGACACCGGAGAAGGGCGAGCUUGUGUACAUCGACUUCAAGCCCAAGAUCCCUACGCAGGGGAAUAAGACGGUCGAUUACGAGGUGCAUACAUGCAAGUAG